AUGGCUUUUACCAAAGAACGCGACGGCAAGACUCUCGCAGAGAAGGUUGUCUCUGACGAGGAGCGAAGAUCUCACUCAAUCUCGAGGCGAAGGGGAAGCGCAGAUAUCCAGCAGGCCAUCUUCGCCGAAUUUGCAAGCAGAGAUGCGGCAUACCACCAGACGAAGACGAAGGAGCUGCUGAGGCAGGUCGAUUGGCACCUGCUGCCGCUGCUGAUCAUGAUGUAUCUGUUAAAUUUUCUGGACAGGAACAACCUCGCGCAAGCGCGACUCGGGACGCUGGAAGAAGACCUUGGAAUGACCGGCACGGACUUCAAUCUUGCAACAAGCAUCCUUUUUGUCGGAUAUCUCUUGAUGCAAUUGCCGUCCAACCUGAUCAUCACCCGAGUCAGGCCAUCCAUAUACCUCGGAGUCGUGAUGAUGAUCUGGGGCACCAUUUCUGCCGCGCAAGCAGCGGUACAGAGCUUUCCCGCUCUUAUAGCAUGUCGCUUCUUGCUCGGGUUUGCAGAAGCCCCGUUCUUCCCAGGCGCCAUUAUGAUUAUGUCAUCCUGGUAUACUCGCUCGGAACUCGCGGUCCGGAUCGCGUUUUUCUAUGCUGGAAGUUCCCUUGCCAACGCCUUUGGAGGUCUCCUCGGUGCAGGUGUGCUUGGGAAUUUGGAAGGUGCCCACGGCAUCAGCGGAUGGCGUUGGCUCUUCAUCAUCGAAGGUGUAAUCACCAUCGGCGUCGCCUUCGUCGCCGGCUGGUAUUUACCAGACUAUCCGCUGAACACGCGGUGGCUCAGUGAAGAAGACAGACACUACGCACAAUGGCGCCUCAUCGAUGACACUGGCGAAGCCGACAUCUCCGCCGCGACCAGCGUUUGGGAAGGCCUCAAGCUCGCUUUGCGUGAUCCGCGCCUCUAUCUCUUCACCCUGCUUCAGCACUCGUCAAUACUCUCACAGACGUUCCAAUAUUUCUUCCCCUCUAUCAUAAGACAAUUAGGAUACGGGCGGAUUCAGACUCUACUCAUUACGGCCCCAGUGUGGAUAGGCACUUUCCUAGUCUCGGUGGUCGUUACAUACACUUCUGGACGAACUGGUGACAGGAGCAUCCAUAUCAUGUGCUUGAUGUCUAUCUCAUUCGUAGGGAAUAUCAUCGCUACCACGACGACGAAUCUCCCUGCGCGAUUCUUCGCGAUGUUCCUCAUGCCGAUGGGCGCAGUAUCCGCCUACCAGAUCAUAGUCACCUGGGUCGCCAACAGCUUCCCGCGGCCCCUAGUCAAGCGGUCGGCCUGCAUCUCCAUUGCGAACAUGAUUGCCAACUGCGCCAACAUCUACGGGCCUUACAUGUAUCCGUCGAGCCACGGGCCUCGCUAUAUCCCUGGUGGGAGCGCCACAGCUGCCGUCGCUAUCUGGGUGGCACUAUUAGCCUUUGUUGUUCGCUUGGUCCUGAUACGGACGAAUAAGAGGCUGGCGGAGAAGGAGGUGCUUGACUCUGAGGGGAAUAUGCAGAAUCUGCAGGAAGGUCGCGAUGCAAGGGCCUUUGGGUUCAGGUAUAUCCUGUAG